UAAUCAGCGAGUACUUGCAUAUUUCAGAUAAGCACGUUCGAUCGGAUAAAUUUUAAUUGUUGAUAAUCGCCUAGGCGCGAAAUUCAAAUGGGGCCGGAAGUGAGGCUACUCGGGGCAUUUAAACGUCAGAAACGUGGUCUGCGCUGUCCUCCGACAGAGAGGCUAACUCGUGUGUUUAUUUUGAAUUGCCCAAUAGUUUUUCUGCUGCUUAACAAUGAAGUUCGCUUACAAGUUCAGCAACUUGCUGGGCUCCGUUUACCAUGAGGGCAACUUGUUAUUUACGCCUGAUGGCAUGUCCGUCAUCAGUCCAGUGGGAAACAGGAUCACAAUAUAUGACUUGAAAAACAAUAAGUCUGUGACAUUACCUGUGGAAAGUAGAUUCAAUUACAAUGCCAUGGACAUAUCGCCAAAUGGAUACAUACUGAUUGCUAUCAAUGAAGAUGGUGAAGCACACGUGAUCAGUAUGAUAAGUAAAAUGGUAAUUCACAAGUACCGGUUUAAGAGGAAAGUCCAGUGUGUCAAGUUCUCUCCCGAUGGAAAACACUUUACUGUUUGCAAAGAAAACACCGUUUUUAUUUUCACAGCUCCUGGAUUAUUAACAGGCGAAUAUAAUCCAUUUGUAAUGGAAAGAGUCUUCCACGAUGCAAUUGAUGAUGUGACAUGUGUUGAAUGGUCAUUUGAUUCGAAGAUCCUGAUUGUUGGAUCUAAGGAUACAUCAAACAGAGUUUACAGUCUUGAAAAAUGGAUGAACUUCAAAAAGUAUAUUCUCGGUAGUCAUAACGAUUCAAUGGUUGGAUGUUUCUUUGAAAAGAAUAACUAUGACAUUUCCACAAUAAGCAGGAAUGGUCUUCUUUGUGUUUGGGAGUGUACCAUUGAACCCAGUGAUCUGGUUGUUUACCAACCACCUGUGAAAAAAGUCAAAUCUGGAGACAGUGAUACUGAAGACGACGUGGAUCUAGAUAAAGCUGUAGAAAAAACUGAAAAAGAGAAAAAGAAUAGCGAAAAAACAUUGAUGGAGCAAGAUGCUCAAAAUUCAGAAGAAACCACAACUAGAUCUUUAAGAAGUAAAGAUAAGUUAGACAGGAAAGAUAUUAAGAAAUUAGGAUACAAACGAUUAAGCAAGCACUAUUUAGCUGAUGAAGUUCGUAAAAGUGCAAAGGACGCUGCGCUAACAGCAGCUGCUUAUCAUCAGGAUACUCAUAUUUUAGUAGUUGGCUUCAGUAAUGGAUCUUUCUUUUUGUAUGAAAUGCCAGAAGUAAACUUGAUUCAUUCAUUAAGUAUAUCUAAUCAACAUAUAUCUUCAAUUGCACUGAAUGCUUCUGGUGAUUGGAUUGCUCUUGGAAGUUCAGAAAUGGGACAGUUGCUGGUUUGGGAAUGGCAAAGUGAAACUUAUGCCAUGAAGCAACAAGGUCAUAGCUGCAAUAUGAAUUGCAUUGCUUACAGCCCAGACGGACAGUACAUUGUAACGGGUGGUGACGAUGGAAAAUUAAAAUUAUGGAACACGUCAAGUGGAUUUUGCACUGUAACUUUUCACGAGCAUACGUCUUCCAUAUCUGGCGUAUUGUUCAGUAAAAAUCGUCGAUUUAUUGUAUCAUCGUCAUUGGACGGUACAGUUAGGGCAUACGAUUUAAUGAGGUACAGAAAUUUCAAAACGUUUACCUCGCCGAGACCUGUGCAGUUCUCCUGCGUUGCUCUGGAUUCAAGUGAUGAAUUCCUUGCUGCUGGCGGACAAGACGUUUUCGAGAUAUUUUUGUGGAGCGUAAAAUUGGGAACAUUGUUAGAGAUUUUGAGUGGACACGAAGGUCCGGUCAUGAGUGUGGCAUUUAGUCCAAAUCCUGCUAGUACAGAAUUAGCAUCAGUAUCGUGGGAUAAAACGUUAAAAAUUUGGAACGCCAUAGAAAGCGGAUCCAGCCAUGAGACGAUACAACUAACGUCGGACGGUUUGUACGUUACUUACAAACCAAAUGGCGAAGAAGUUGCAGUUGCAACUUUAGAUGGUCAGAUAUCAUUUUUCGACUGUAAGACUGCAACGCAAAUUAGUACAAUAGAAGGAAAAAAAGAUUUGGGCAGUGGAAGGGCAGAAACCGAUUUAGUCACUGCGAAAAGAAGUUUGGAGGGAAAAGCAUACACAACGUUGUCUUAUACCGCAGAUGGUAAUUGUAUAUUAGCUGGAGGACAAUCAAAGAAUGUUUGUAUAUAUAACAUUAAAGAAUCUAUUCUCUUGAAGAAGUUUGAAAUUACCCAAAACAGAUCCUUUGACGCGGUUGAUGAUUUCAUCAAUAGACGAAAAUUAACGGAAUUUGGAAACCUGGGUUUGGUUGAAGAAAGAGAAGAGAACGAAGGUGGAAAUGUAGCAUUACGGUUACCAGGAGUCAGAAAAGGAGAUAUGGCAAGUAGAAGCACCAAGCCUGAAAUCAGAGUUUACAGUUUACAAUUUUCACCCACAGGACAGGCAUGGUCUGCAGCCACAACAGAAGGAUUGCUAAUUUACUCCUUGGAUGUUGGACUAGUGUUCGAUCCAUUUGAAUUAGAAAUAGGAAUCACACCCAUGACUGUUAAAGAAACUUUGAAAAGACAGGAAUACUCUACAGCAAUUAUGAUGUCUCUUAAGUUGAAUGAAAAUGCAUUGACACGAGAAAUUCUUGAAAAUGUCCCACAUUCUGACAUCACGUUAACUGUAGCAAGUUUACCAAAGACUUACGUAGAAAGGUUGUUGAAAUUCGUAGCAAGCGAAUUGGAGGAAUCUCGGCAUUUACACUUUUAUUUAUUAUGGAUUGAGUCCAUUUUGACAGAGCAUGUCCCUAAAGGAGACGCAGUUAUGCAGAUGCCAACACUUUUAUUGAUGCAAAAGAAUAUGCAAAGAAAGUAUGAUGACCUGAGCAAAAUAUGCGAUUUCAAUCAGUACACGAUAAGUUAUCUGACAAGGCUCAGCCAUUUGAAAAGCAAAAAGAAAUCAAAAGAAAUUCAAGAAAUGAUGAGCGAUAAUGAAAACAACGAAGAAGGAAUGGAGGUGGAAUAGAACAAUUUUAAUGUAAUAUUUAGUUUAAUGUUGUGAAAUAAGAAUGUACAGUUUAUUUUAAUAAUGUUGCCUUAAAUAUUUUAUAAAUUAAUUUUCUACCGAGCAAUUAAAUAGCGUUAUAAAAAAUAA